CACUGGGGAGGAGACAUUAAAACCUCAUAUGUUGUCACUGAGUAUGCUGUUAAUAUUUCGGCAAAAGUACUCCGGGGAUCCACAACAACAACUCUACAGAGAGCAGCACUUCUACUGAGAAAAUAUGCAAAGCCCUCCUAAGCCUCAAUUUGCCAGCUGGCUCAUAGAGCAGGUGGAGACGGGCCAGUACACGGGCCUGAGCUAUGUGGGCCAAAACAAGUUCAGAGUCCCCUGGAAGCAUAACUCCAGGAGGGACUGCAAUGAUGAGGACAGUAAAAUAUUCCGGGCAUGGGCAGUAGCAAGUGGAAAAAUUAAUGAAUUCCCCAAUGACAAAGCCAGGUGGAAAACCAACUUCCGAUGUGCUCUUAACAACCUCUCCGUGCGCUUCAAGAUGAUAAAGGAUAAUUCCAAAAAUUCUGACGACCCUCAUAAAAUCUACGAGAUUAUCAACACUGGGUACAACUAUGAAAGUCUGCCAAAACAAGACUCUCAGGAGGAUUCUGACAUGGCUCCAGAUAUCUACAGUUCUCCCAGAGAGUACCUCCCCUCAGGAAAUGAGCACAAUCUGCUUAACAAUUUUAUGGCUUUGGAUCUCGGCAAUCAGUCAGCAGAGGAGCAACCAUGGGCAGCAGAGGGCUAUGGUCAGCACAAUCCGGCUGCCCUGCCUUACCCUGCUGCAGCUGAGAGCCACCCACCAUUUUUACCAGAUCAGCCUGCUUACUGUGAGGUAAAUCCUCCACCAGUCAUCAGUCUACCUUUGCAGCCUUCAAUAUACGACCUGGAGAUCUCCAUCCACUACAGGAAAAAGGAAAUGCUCAAAACCACUAUGACUACUGCCCUUCUCCAGCUCCACUACCAGCACGAGGCCCUUGACUCCAGUGCCCAUCAUCUCUGCUUCCCCUCAACUGAUGGUCUGUUUGACCACAAACAGGUCGAGUACACCAAUCGCAUCCUCAGCAGCAUCCAGAGAGGUCUGUUCCUGGAGGUACGGGACACUGGUAUCUAUGCCUGGAGGCAGGACAGGUGCCAUGUGUUUGCCAGCACCUGUGACCCCAGUGUGGCUCACCCGGACCCAACCAAGCUGCCCCAGAACACCAUGGUGGAGCUCCUCAGCUUUGAGACAUAUGUUAAUGAACUGAAGCAGUUUAAAGAGAACAAUGGUAGCUCUCCCAACUACACCAUCAACAUGUGCUUUGGAGAGAAGUUUCCUGAUGGAAAACCUUUGGAGAAAAAGCUCAUCGUAGUCAAGGUGGUCCCUCUGAUCUGCCGACACUUUCACGAGAUAGCCCAGAUGGAGGGGGCUUCGUCUCUUCACAGCGCCAACGUCAGCCUACAGAUCUCAAACAACAGCCUGAUAGAUCUUAUUUACUCUGUCUUUGGUCUGCCAACAGCUGAGGACCCAGCACAGGCUGAGGCACCUUUUCUGCCUCAGAUGUGAUUUUUUUUCUCUCACUCCAUCCUAAUGAUGACUAUUUUACUCCCUAUGGGACACACUCCCUGCUGUUAUGUAAAGCUUCACUAAAAAGUUUGGCACCCUGUUGAAUAUUUUUACCUGGAGCAGGAAGACGCAAACUUUAACGUUUAAUCACAACUAGUCAACUACAUUUCCACCUUCCUGCUUUACAUCAUCUCUUUUUCACUUUAUGAUCACAUUAGACACAAACUUUAGGCAAAAACUGACACCCAUCACUACAAAAGUAAAAAGUGAACUCCUCCAGUGUUGUACUGUUACAUUACCUAACUUAAAGGCCAAUGGCCUUGCCUUAAAAUUCACUUUUAUAUCAUUACUGUAAAUGUCAAAUCAUCUCUUAAUGAAAUGUGUCAUUUAACUGUUAUAUGUAUAUAGAAAACACUUGAUGCCUAACACGGUGGGAAAUCCUGUGUAAUGUAACAUUUUUGCUUUAUGAUCACAUAUUUAUCAACUUGUAAAAUGCAAAAUAAAGGUUUUUUGUUAUUUGUUAUGUAGACAUUGACUGCCCUGCAAUAUGUCUAUGUGUGUGGUGAACUGUUUUGCACUUCAGAAUUUGGUAACCUCUGUAUUCUGCUGGUCGUUUUUGCACUUUUCAUACUGAAUUAACUAAAAUAAACUGUUUAUCCUUGAAUCAGAUUUCAGUU